UUUCUCUCUCUCCAUAAUAUAUUUAUUUAUUUAUUUAUUGCCUUAUAUAUAUUGAAUCAUCUCCUCAAACAUUUUCCAAUAUCUUCAUAAAUCAUGAGUUAUAUCAUUCCUCUCGAGCAACAAAACCAGUUCAUCCAUGGCGGCGGUGAUGAUCACGAUUACGAUGAGAAUCUCUCGUCGGAAUCCGAUUCUUUGGGCGUCGUCUCUUCCGAUGAGUACGAAGAUGAUGAUGAAGAACAAGAAACAAUAUCUUCCCCCUUAACUGACAUGUCUACCCUUCUCCAACAUCUUCCCAUCAAGCGGGGUUUGUCAAAGCAUUACGAUGGGAAAUCUCAGUCAUUCACUUCUCUAUCUAGUGUCAAGUGUUUGGAAGAUCUUCCCAAGGUGGAGAAUUCAUAUAAUAAUAAGAAAAAACUUAAAUCUUGCCGAAGCUACGGCGGUUUAAUGUUUUAUUCCGAUCAGAAUCCACCGGCCACGGCGGCGACAGCUAGGGCUCCAUGUUCCUCUGUUGAGGGGUAUAUUGGGAAUAAUAGUAAUAUUAGUACUAGGCCACCAAUUGCUAGAUCUAGAACAGCAACUUCUACUAUUUACACUGGUGCCCUUCUCUUUGCUUGAAUAUGCUUCCUCUUUUUUGUAUAAAUUUUUUAUUUAUUUUUUGUUAAAGUACGAGAUAAUAGAUGUUAUUAACGUUGAACAAGUGUUGUUUCCUUUUCAAACAGUUGAGAUUUCAUUAAAGUUUAAUAUUCUUGUUUUUU